UUUCUCUCAACACUCUCGUCUAAGUUCUCUACAAACAAAAACCCAAACAACAACAACAACAACAACAACAACAACAACAACGCUUAAACUCUAAUCCCCCUCUCCUCCUCGUCCCCUUCUCCUCGUCGCCAUUGUCGGCCUCGCGAUGCCGAAGCAGAGCGCCGUGGUGCCGGAGACGAUAGGGGCCGUGGUCGCCGCUGCGACACCGUUGCCGAAACCGACCCGCGUCUUCUCCUUCCCGCCGCCGCGCCAACCGACGAGAGAGGGCCGCUUGACGCAGCUGGAGCUCGGCGGCGGUGGCGGCGCCGCCCGUGCCAAUGCGUGGGUGGACUCCAUGAGAGCCUCCUCCCCCACCCACGCCAGGGCGGCCGCCGUCGCAGCCGCCACCGCGGCGGACGGCGAGCACGCCGCUUGGUUGGUAAAACAUCCUUCGGCUUUGGACAAGUUUGAGCAGAUCAUAAGUGCUUCUCAGGGGAAGCAGAUAGUGAUGUUCUUGGACUACGACGGCACGCUGUCGCCGAUCGUCGAUGACCCCGACGCCGCCUUCAUGUCAGAUGCAAUGAGGGCCGCAGUAAAGAAGGUGGCCAAGUGCUUUCCCACUGCUAUAGUGAGUGGGAGGUGUAGGGACAAGGUGUUUAAUUUUGUGAAGUUAGCGGAGCUUUACUAUGCUGGUAGCCAUGGAAUGGACAUCGAAGGGCCUGCCAAAGCCUCCAAGCAUGCCAAAAAAGGCAAAAGAGUUCUCUUUCAACCAGCUAGUGAGUUCCUUCCCAUGAUAAAUGAGGUGUACCAAGCAUUGUUGGAAAAGGCCAAAUCAGUACCUGGAGCCAAGGUGGAGAACAACAAGUUCUGUGUAUCUGUCCACUUCAGAUGUGUAGAUGAAAAGAGUUGGAAAUUAUUGGCUGAGCAAGUGAACUCUGUGCUCAGGGAGUAUCCAAAGCUAACACCAACUCAAGGGAGGAAGGUAUUAGAGAUUCGUCCCACUAUUAAAUGGGACAAGGGGAAGGCCUUGGAGUUCCUAUUGGAGUCUCUUGGAUUUGCCGACAGUGUCGACGUUUUGCCAAUUUAUAUAGGGGAUGAUCGCACCGACGAGGACGCUUUCAAGGUAUUACGCGAAAGAGGACAAGGCAUUGGCAUUCUUGUUUCGAAGUCCCCUAAAGAGACAAAUGCUUCAUAUUCUCUACAAGAACCUGCUGAGGUCAUGGAGUUGUUACUUAGCCUUGUGAAGUGGAAGCAACAAAUGUUAAAGGCUCACUCAAGGGGGUAACUACAAUAGGAUAUGUAUAACAUGUCCCCAUCACUCUCAUUUAUGUUUUUGUGGUGGCUUUAAAUGGACUUAGGAGUUAUGUAUUGCCAUUUUUGGGGUUGAGGGGGAACCCCAAAUAAUUAAAUAGAGUCUUUUGUAAUGCUACUUAAGUUUAAUUUUCUCUCUAUUUUUAAGCUUUUUCUUGGGCUAAAAA